AUGGUUAGUAGUUUACCUUUUAAUUUGAAGUCUGUGGGAAAAGAAACAACAUCCGGCGAGCCAGGCCUCCCUCUUGCCUCUCUUCGCCUCUUGGUGCCCCCGCUGCAGCUCCUGUCUGCUGCCAUGUGGCAGCUGGCGAAGCAGAAGGAUGUGACGAGUUAUGAGAAGCUGCAGGAGUUUGUGUUUAUGGUGACGGAGGCAGUUCCCGGGCUCAUCAACCACAGACAGAGAGCCCAGCUCGUUCUGGGUCUGAGAGCAAGGUUGGUUCUGGAGCUUUGCAAAGGAUCAGCACGAGGUUCUGUAGACUCUCAACUGAUCCAGAGCCACUUGGACCGACUCCCCAUAACCUCUGCAAACACAGAAUGCAGGGAUGCAGAGGUGAAAACCACAGAGUACACGUUCAUAGCACUUGUUCGGAGCCUCCUCAAAGAUCCUGUGGAGAGAGCGUACUUCUUCCAGGAGAUUUUCCCAGUGGAAUACGGGCCUCAGUAUGACGCAGCUCUACAUGUCUUAUUAUGGGAGUUGCUCUCAAAACUGGAAAAGCUGUUGCCGGUACCGGACCUUAAACAGACGGCGGCGUGGCUCGGUUCUGCUCCCUCUGUCUUAGAGGAAUGUGUUCAGACUUCAGACUUCAGACCUCAGGAGCUGGACUCCACCUUCCAACACUACAAGAGCUCCGGACUGUUGAAAGUGCCGCAUGGGCCUUCAUCCACCAUCGGCAGCUGCAUCAUGUCGGCUUUGUCCAUCCCUCCCUCACAAAAGACAAGCGUCUCCAUGGGAUUGGAGUCCAUCCAUAACUACGCUAACGUGACUUUAGCAGAAGUGGACCGGUACAGCGUCGCGAGCGUCUACACCGAGGUGGAAGCCGGAGCGUCUGACGCGAUGGAGUCGGCUGAGCUCCAGGUUCACACAGAUUUCUACGAGGAGGAGAUCGUGGCUGUGAGUGUGGAUCCCGUCGGCGAUGACGAGGGUGUGAGCUCCAGAGCGGAGGACGCGAGUGAAACUGUGGAUGUUGAAAAAGCACUGGAGACUCUGACAAAGACUUUUGCUCUCAGGAAGGAGAGCCUCGGUCAAGAUGUGCUGACAGGAAAGAGCAGUGACCAGUUUGUUUCUGUAGACGCCGCAGAUGACGGGAAAACUCAUGACGACACAGAAACCAUUGAAGGAAUGAAGGAGAAUCUGGAGGCUGGAGACACAGAGAGCUGCAUCAUCUCCUCUGCCACAGAAGUGAAGGCUCGCCAUGAAUCCUCCACAGAUGUCAACAGAACUGAACCUCUGUGGACGAGUUCGGCUAACGUCCGCAGAUCCUCUCGUCUCCACAUGAAGACGCCGUCGAGUUGUCGGGGGAUACGCGCGUUCAAGACGCUGCCAGAGGAAAUCGCACCGGAACCAACAAUGAGCAAAGGGUUCUUAUCCGUCGCCUCCUCUGUGAUCGCGAUCAAAGGACGGGACAAAGGUGAUUCAGAUGAAAUGACCUCCUUCAUCUUCACCUGUUCUCAGUGUCUCUUCCACAGCGCUGAUGAAAGCAGCCCUCCUCACUUCCACAUGCAGAGCGUUCCCACAGAGGAGUACAGGACUCUCUCGCGAGCUGGAUUUACUCCGUGUCCUCGCAGCACUGAUGAAAUAUUCACGUCCAUUAAACUUUUCCCCAACGCAAACCCAGCGCUGUCGUGUGACGACAGAAGCAAAGUAAACGACGGUCAGUCACUGAGCAGACGGAAGGCUCUCACGUGUGAGACGUGCAGUAAGACGUUCACCCGCACGUCAGACGUCCGCAGACACCAGCUCACGCACACGGGAGAGAGACCGUUCCAUUGUUCCAGGUGUGAGCGAACGUUCCAGCACUCGUGGGACCUGACCAAGCACGAGAGCAAAGAUCACGGCGCGGCCAUUUCCUUCUCCUGCCCGCUGUGCCGCAGCGCCUUCGCCAACCUCCGCGCGUUGACCGUGCACCACAAGAAGACUCACUCUGAGGAGAGCCAGCUGCCGCACAUCUGCUCCAUCUGCAGCCAGAGCUUUGCCACUUCCUCUGAGCUGCUCGAGCACAGGAAGUCCCACGUGAGCAACAAGCGCUACAUCUGCCAGCAGUGCGGCGAGGGCUUCGACUCCCUGCUCUCGCGCUCGCAGCACCGGCAGACACACCGGGUCAAGCAUCAGUUCAAGUGUCCACAUUGUGACAAGACCUUCACUCGAAGGUCUGACGUGAAGAGACAUCUGUCCACUCACACCGGGGAGUGUCCUUACCAGUGCGAGCAGUGCAACAAACGCUUCUCCCUCCACUUCAUGCUCAUGAAACACCUCCGCGUCCACAGCGGUGAGCGUCCGUUCCAGUGCUCCCACUGUCCAAAGAGGUUCACGCUGGUGUCGGUGCUGGCCAGACACGAGCGCAUGCACACCGGGGACAAACCGUUCCUCUGCUCCCAGUGUGGCAAAGGUUUUCUGUCGCGAGGGGAACUGUCCAAACACCACCGCUCACACGUGGACGACAGACCUUUCUCCUGCCCUCAGUGCGACAAACGCUUCAAGAGCAAGAAAACGCAGCGGGAGCACAUCGUGUCGCACAGCGGCGCUCGCCCGUACCCCUGCACCUACUGCGGCAAAGGCUUCACCAAACCGUACGCGCUGACCAGACACAACCUCAUUCACACAGGAGAGAGGCCGUUCCCCUGCGGACACUGCGACAAGUCCUUCCUCACGCUCAGCGAGGCUCAGCUGCACCAGAGGAUCCACACGGGCGAGCGGCCGUAUCCCUGCACCGUCUGUCAACUGAGAUUUAAGAGCUCGUCAGAGCUGGCGCGACACAGACGCAGCCACGCGGCGCCAAAGACGCCGAAGACGCGCUGCGAGCGCUGCAUGAAGACAUUCACGUCCAACGCCAAGCUGAAGAAACACAUGGAGACGCACAGGGAGGAGGACAGAGCAGUUCAGUCUGUGGAAGCAGAUCUGUGAGCAAAUGACACUGACGCUGUAUUUUUACUUCACGAGAGAACAUUUCUGUAGAUCUGUGAGAAACUGAGUUUGAAAGAUUCCUAAGACAUGGUUAGGACAGAACCAUGUGGUUUUAUGUCAGCAGUUCUACUUUGAAAUGGAGAAAUAAAUUCAUAUGCAACCAUGUAUGAAGAAAAACUAA